UGUCUCACAAUGAGUGUCCUGUGUCGGAUCUUAAGCCGAGGAUUGAUAGCUGGACAGUCUCAGCGGGCUUCUGUAGCCGGACUGCAGUGUUUCUGUAGCGGAGUAUCCAGUGCCCGGCGAGACAGCUCUGCUAACUCCACUAGUCCUGUAAAUCUCACCUAUGAUGUGUUUGAUGGGAAAGUGGAUGACACACCUCUGGUCUUUCUGCAUGGCUUAUUUGGGAGCAAGUCAAACUUCCACUCUAUAGCCAAGUCUCUGGUACAGAGGACCGGCCGAAAGGUGCUGACAGUCGAUGCCCGCAACCAUGGCAAAAGCGAACACAGCCCAGUUUUGACGUACGAGGCAAUGACCGAUGACCUAAAGCACCUACUUAAUCAGCUGCACAUUGGAAAAUGUAUUCUCAUCGGGCACAGCAUGGGUGGCAAAGUCGCUAUGGCUACAGCUUUGUCACAGCCUAGUCUGGUGGAGCGUCUCGUCGUUGUGGACAUCAGUCCAUCUCCGACAUCAGUCCGGACCAAUUUCCGCUCGUAUAUUGACGUUAUGAAGACUGUAAAAAUAGCCACCGACAUUCCACGCUCCACAGCACGCAGGUUAGCAGAAGAUCAGCUCAGACAUGGAGUUAAAGAGCAUUCGGUUCGACAGUUUCUCCUCACUAAUCUGGUGGAACAGAAUGGACAUUAUGAAUGGAGAGUCAAUUUAGAAGCUAUAUCAAAUCACCUAGAGGACCUCAUGGGCUUUCCUGAGUUUAGCACCACUUACGAAGGUCCCACUCUCUUUCUGGGUGGCAGUAGCUCAGCUUACAUCAGCUCUGAGGAUUAUCCAGAGAUCCAGCGGCUGUUUCCGUGUGCAGAUAUUCAGUAUAUCCCUGAUGCCAGUCACUGGAUCCAUGCUGACAAGCCUCUGGAGUUCAUCAGCUCUGUCAUCACCUUCCUGCAGUCCUAGUCUCCAAACUGAGGACUACAGUGAGAUGAUUGUGCAGGACCUAGCCUUGAGUAGACCUUUUUACCUUCGAUUAGGUAUUAAUACAUGUAAUACACCUAGCU